CCACGUUUUAACAAUGGAUUUGACCCACCUACACGCAAUCGCCAUUAAAAUUAAGGUUACUUUUACACCCACAGAGAAAUUUGUAUUGCAAGAGAAAUUUUGCUGGUUCAAGAUUGCACAGAAGAAAGAAGAAAGAUUUUGAGAAUGUCGAGAGGGAAUUUGGUGACAAUUGACUUCAUGGGAGUCGACAAGGGGAAGGAUUUGCCCCCCAAGGAAAAAUGUGUUCAUGAUUUGUCUUGGAUUAAGCCCAAUAUGAUGCAGAGAGUCCUGUCUUUGAAUAAGGAUAUUGAGUGUUUGCAGGCCUUGAAGGGAUUGUCUUCUGGUACAAACUCCAGACCCAGUACUGGAGAUGUAUCAGGCAGUCAAUCCAACACCACCCAGCUUACCAUUUUUUACAAUGGCACAGUAAGGGUCUAUGAUGUUUCUGAAGACAAGGCUAAAUCUAUCUUCAUGCUCGCUGGUGGUGAAAACAGCUCUAACAAAUCAUCCUCUGAGGAGGAGUCACAGAAGUUUGGCGCCUCUGUUAUGAAUCAAGGACUACUUAAAAAACUACACACAGAUCUUCCAAUUGCAAGAAAACAAUCUCUGCAACGCUUCCUGGAGAAGAGGAAGGAUAGGAGGAUCAUGGCCGCCCCCUACUUGACCAAGGGUGAAAGCAACACAACACCAGUUUAAAGCAGAAGCACAAGCAGUCUUACAGAGGAAUGAUCUCUACAAGAAAAAGAAAAAGAGAGAAUUCCACUAACUCUGAAUCACUAUUACAUACAUCAUAUUUAUUUAUUUGACUAAAAACUCAAAAUGCAAUGGAUGGUGCGAUUGCCACCACUUGGACGGCUAUAAAAGUGACACGUUUUACCUAGCACGUGUUCCGGAAAAUUUAAAUUUAAUUUGACAACCAACCAAAGAUUAUUUAUUCA